CCUCACUUGGCUCUCGCCCUCCGGCCGGGAAGCAUGGAACUGCCCUGGCUCCUCUGCGCCUUCUUGCUCGCCGCCUGCUGCUGCUGUCGCCGCGCCGCGGGUGUGCCUGGAGAGGCGGAGCAGCCCGCGCCCGAGCUGGUCGAGGUGGAAGUGGGCAGCACGGCCCUUCUGCAGUGUGGACCCCCCCGUUCCCAAGGCAACCUCAGCCAUGUGGACUGGUUUUCUGUCCACAAGGAGAAGCCCACACUCAUCUUCCGUGUGCGCCAGGGCCAGGGCCACAGCGAACCCGGGGAGUACCAGCACCGGCUCAGCCUCCAGGGCAGAGGGGCUACUUUGGCCCUGACUCAAGUGACCCCCCAUGAUGAGCGCAUCUUCCUGUGCCAGAGCAAGCGCCCUCGGUCCCAGGAGCACCGCAUCCAGCUCCGUGUAUACAAAGCUCCAGAGGAGCCAACCAUCCAGGGCAGUGUCUCGGGUAUCCCUGUGAACAGUGAGGAGCCUGAGGAGGUUGCCACCUGUGUGGGGAGGAAUGGGUACCCCAUUCCUCAAGUCAUCUGGUACAAGAACGGUCGGCCACUGAAGGAGGAGAAGAAUCGGGUCCACAUUCAGUCAUCCCAGAUCGUGGAGUCGAGUGGUCUGUACACCUUGCAGAGUGUUCUGAAGGCACAGCUGGUAAAGGAAGACAAAGAUGCCCAGUUUUACUGUGAGCUCAACUACCGGUUGCCCAGUGGGAACCACAUGAAGGAAUCUAGGGAAAUCACCGUUCCCAUUUUCUAUCCAGCAGAAAAAGUGUGGCUGGAAGUGGAACCUGUGGGAAUGCUAAAGGAAGGAGACCGUGUGGAGAUCAGAUGCUUGGCUGACGGCAAUCCACCGCCCCACUUCAGCAUCACCAAGAAGAACCCCAGCACCAGAGAGAUGGAGGAAGAGAUAAGCAACGACGAUGGGAUCCUGGUCUUGGACCCAGCCCAGAAGGAGCAUAGCGGGCUCUAUGAAUGUCAGGGCCUGGACUUGGACACCUUGUUAUCACUGCAAAGUGAACCACAGGAGCUGCUGGUGAACUAUGUGUCUGAUGUCCAAGUGAGUCCCGCAGCCCCUGAAAGCCAGGAAGGCAGCAGCCUCACCCUGACCUGUGAGGCAGAGAGUAACCAGGCCCUCAAGUUCCAGUGGCUGAGAGAGAAGACAGGCCAGGUGCUGGGAAAUGGGCCUGUGUUCCAGUUACACAACUUGAAACGGGAGGCAGGUGGAGGCUACCGCUGUGUGGCAUCUGUGCCCAGCAUACCUGGCCUGAACCGCACCCAGCUGGUCAACGUGGCCAUUUUUGGGCCCCCGUGGAUGGCACUAAAGGAGAGGAAGGUGUGGGUGAAGGAGAACACACUGGUGAAUCUGUCUUGUGAAGCAUCAGGAUAUCCGCGGCCCACCAUCUCCUGGAAUGUCAAUGGCACGGCAAGUGAACAAGACCAAGAUCCGCAGAGUGUCCUGAGCACCCUGAGUGUCCUCGUGACCCCAGAGCUGCUUAAGACAGGCGCUGAAUGCAAGGCCUCCAACUCCCGGGGCAAAAACACCACCACCAUCUUCCUGGAGCUGGUCAGUUUCACGACCCUCACACCAGACUCCAGCAAAACCACUGGCCUCGGCACCUCCACUGUCAGUCCUCAUGCCAGAGCCAACAGUACCUCCACAGAGAAGAAGCUGCCUGAGGUGGAGAGCAAGGGCGUGGUCAUCGUGGCUGUGAUUGUGUGCAUCCUGGUUCUGGCUGUGCUGGGCGCCGUCCUCUACUUCUUCUACAAGAAGGGCAAGCUGCGGUGUGGGCGCUCAGGCAAGCAAGAGAUCACGCUGCCCCCGUCUCGUAAGAGUGAAUUUGUAGUUGAAGUUAAGUCAGAUAAGCUCCCAGAAGAGAUGGGCCUCCUACAGGGCGGCAACGGUGACAAGAGGGCUCCAGGAGACCAGGGAGAGAAAUACAUCGAUCUGAGGCACUAGCCGCUGAAGCCCACUCAGGUCCCUUCCCUGCCUGGAAUGUCUGCGGCUCGCUGCUCACUCUUCUGCCGUCAACGCCUCCAAAGGGAUUACAGAGAAAACCCCUGCUCCAGCUCACCUGCAGACCUCUUCAGAGGGCUAAUGGGCUAGGACAGAGCUGUCCAGAGAAGGACCUCCCUUGGCCCUGGAGGCCCCCUUUUCAGGGACCAGUCCACCAUUGUCUCUGUUGAGUGAAGCUCAUCCCAAGGAAAGGGGCCUCAGUCUCCCAGGAGUGGUGGGUAGGAGAGUUUCUUGCAGAACAUAUUUUCUCUGUACACAUACUCAUAUUAUGGCUGUAAAUACCUGUCUGCUGCCUGCAGCUGAGUUGGGUAUCCUCCUUGUGAGCUGGUUUCCCGCCCCAAAAGCUGGCUUCAGUGAAUCAGCUGCAGCACUGGAGUGAAGAUGCACUAGGGCCCAGGCGCCUGUUUGCUGUCCAAGUAUGUUGCUUACAGUGCUCUGGAGAGUGCCCCAGCAGCAUCUAGAAGCAGCUGCAGUGUUGCUGCUGCCACCUUCCUGCCUGCCUCUUCAGUCUCUUUUGUGACAUUUUUUCUUGGGCAGAAGCCAGGGACUAGUGUCAUUCCUUAAAAGAUACAUCCCUGCAGUGAGGAAGCUGGGCACCAUUUGGAGUUUGAGUGAUUGAGCCUGAUCCCCCUGCAUUCAUUUGGCUCCCACUAUUCAUUUGAUCCCACAGGGAUCAUGUGAGACUGAAAGGUGGUGGUAGGGAGGGUAGGGGACAAAUAUGAUGUCCAGACAGUCUUUAUGGGGACUAAGGCUAUAGUUAUAUUAGCAACAAACUAAUACAGACUGGGCUAAUGGGCCCAGACCCUAGGAUAAGGGCUCAAAUGGAAGAAUUUGGGAUAAAAAACAGGGGCCUGACCAGAGCUUUGGGGUGGAUGUAUGUGUGUCCGUGUGUGUGUGCACGUGUGUGUGCACGUGUGAGUAUAUUAUAUAUAUAUAUAUGGUUUGUUAGGUUGUAUGUAAAUUUGCAGAUUUCCUUUUUAUAUAUAUAUGAGAAAAAUAAAGCUUAAUUGUUCCCAAAA